AUGCGGAUGCGUAGGCCCAGGCAGACUCGCCCAUCGCCACUCGAUCUGGAGGUCAUUCGACGCGACUACCCAGAGCACCGCGAGUUUGCCGAGAGCGUGCUGCCGCUUGCCGACAAAGGACACUACCAUCCGUCGCUGCAGGUGCCCAAGCGCGCACGGGAGGACGACGACGAACAACCGGAGCCGAAGCGAUCACGGACUGAUGCCGGUGGUGCCGAGAUCGAUAAGAUGAGGGCGGACAUGGAUGCUCUCCGGGCCGAGAAUGAGCGGCUCAAGACUGAGAUUGAGCAGCUCAGGGCUGAGAAUGAGAGGCUCAGGGAUGCGAGUCGUACUUCUGCUCCUCUCGUCAAGAAAGAAGAAGUCGAGGAGCAUGGUGUCGAGACUCUUAGCGAAGAGUUCGACAGACUCGUUGAGGAAGAGCUUGCUCGAAUAAGUCGGUGA